AUGAACUACAGCAGGGUAAAUGUGGAUCUGGAGAUGUGUUUCAACAUACCUGGACGCAGCAAAAGCUUUGAAGUGGUCUUGGAUGGUGUCGACAGCGGUGCGCGCAGGGUCGAUGAAGCAGUUAACGUCGCCGGGGCACUCGAGGUCACGCAGCAGCUGAGCUCUGUUCGCAGAGCGGCGCAAGGAAGAAGACGCGAGGAGAUAGAAAGGGAUUUCUUCUUCUUGCAAGUUAAGGAUGACGGCAUCCAACGGAAAUUCCUCAUUUCAAAUACCCGGUCCUCGGAGGGGGCAGCUGACCAGGGUGAUAACCCUUCGAGUCUGUUCACGAACUUCGCCGUGGACAACAACACGUUCGCAGAGGCACGUAUCAGGGCUGCUUUCUACCCCAAAUUCGAAAAUGACAAUUCCGAUCGAGAGACAAGGACUCGGAUGAUUGAGAUGGUGUCGUGUGGCUCAGCUACCAUGGAGGUUACGCUUAAGCAUUCAGGAUCUCUAUUCAUGUAUGCCGGUCACCGUGGUGGAGCACAUUCCAAGAACAGCUUUGGAAAUAUCUACACUGCUGUGGGCGUUUUUGUCCUGGACCGUAUGUUUCGUGAAGCUUGGGGGAAGGAAGCUCCUAAAAAGCAAGCCGAAUUUAAUGAUGUUAUUGAGGAAAACCAGAUAAACAUUUCAAUGGAACUUGUGACGGCUGUAUUAGGAGACCAUGGGCAAAGGCCAAAGGAUGAUUAUGCCGUGGUUAUAGCUGUAACAGAGUUAGGUCAUGGCAAACCAAGGUUCUAUUCUACUCCCCAAGUGAUUGCCUUUUGUCAAGAAUGGCGCCUACCAACAAAUCAUGUGUGGCUAUUUUCCACAAGGAAAUCUGCCACUUCUUUUUUCGCUGCCUACGAUGCAUUGUGUGAAGAGGGGACUGCCACGCCGGUUUGCACAGCCCUUGGCGAAAUAGCUGAUAUAGCUAUACCAGGGUCAAAGGAUCAUGUGAUGGUACAGGGUGAGAUUCUUGAAGGCCUGGUUGCCCGUAUUGUUAGUCGUGAAAGUUUGGUUCAAAUGGAACAAGUCUUGAAAAACUUCUCACAUCCUCCACUAGAUGGAGUUGACUCUGAUUUAGGGCCAAGUUUACGUGAAAUAUGCGCCGCUAAUAGGUCAGAUGAAAACCAGCAAAUCAAAGAACUUCUCGAAAAUGCUGGAUCUUCAAUGUGUCCAGACCAUUCUGAUUGGUUUGGAAAUAGUGGUCUUGAUGCUCAGUCUCGAGACGCUGAUGAAUCGGUUGUCACUUGCUUUUUGCAAGCACAUCCUACUGACAAUGCAACUAAGAAAUUGCAGGAGAUGAUUCGUGUGAUCAAGCAAAGAAAUUUCCGUGUAGCACUCAAAUGUUACCAAAAAGUUGAUUCUCUUUCAAAUGAUAACUUGUAUUACAAGAUGGUUAUCCAUGUGCACAGUGAUUAUGUUUUUACAAGUUAUCGGCAAGAGAUGAGGAAAAAGCAAGGGUUAUGGCCACUGUAUAGGGGUUUCUUCGUUGAUGUAAACCUGUUCAAGGCGAACAAUAGGAAGGCUGCUGAACAUCCCAAAGACAGUAACACUUUACUGAAAAAUAUUGAUGGUGACGAGGAUUCAAAUUUGAUGGUCAAACUAAAAUUCCUGACUUAUAAGGUAAGGACAUUUUUAAUUCGGAAUGGCCUCUCCACCCUCUUCGAAGAUGGCCCAUCUGAUUAUAGAGAUGAUUGCCUGAGGCAAAUGGAGAAUUGGGGAACAUCAGCAAGUAAACAGAAAGAGCUUUGCGAACUGUUGGAUGAAUGGGCUGUGUAUAUUACAAGCAAGUGCGGAAAUAAGCCACCCUCGUGCUCAGAGUAUCUUAGCGAGGCAGAGCCUUUCCUUGAACAAUAUGCUAAAGCAAACCAGGAUUUGAUAGGGGCUCCUGGUGACUUGGUUCAACCGUCUAGUCCUACUACGUCCCUCAAUGGUGUUUCAAAACCCGAGGGCCUUAUCGUCUUCUUUCCUGGUAUACCUGGUUGUGCAAAGUCUGCUCUAUGCAAGGAACUAUUGAAAAUGCCUGGUGGCCUUGGUGAUAAUCGCACUCUUCAUUGUUUGAUGGGAGAUCUUAUUAAAAAAGGAAAAUACUGGAAAAAGGUUGCUGACGACCGGAAAAAGGAACCAUUUACAAUAACCCUUGCUGACAAAAACGCACCAAAUGAGCAAGUGUGGUGGCAGAUUGAGAAUAUGUGUGGGACCACAAAAGCGGCUGCUGUUCCUGUUGUUCCUGAUUCUGAAGGAACCGAUACAAAUCCAUUUUCUUUUGAAGCUCUUGCUGUUUUCAUGUUUCCUGUGCUCCAGAGGGUCAAUCAUGAGGGAAAUCUGGACAAGGCAUCACCGACUGCUGGUAAAGUUUUGCUAAAGUUUUACAACCUCUAUGAUGACAAGAAUCGAAGAGAAUUCAAAGGCCGACUGCAUGAGCGUUUCGGCUACUUGGUUAAGAUGCCUCUCCUCAAGCCAGAUAGAGCUCCAUUGCCUGGUGAUGUCAAAAGUAUCUUAGACGAGGGGCUUAGCUUAUUCAUAUUGCAUCGAAGCAGGCAUUUAAGAAGAGUGGAGCCAUCAGAAUGGGCACAGUGGGAGGAGAGGUUGCGCGAGAUCUUGUUUGAGAAUGCUGAUUAUCUUAAAUCCAUUCAGGUUCCGUUUGAGGCUGCGGUGAAAGAAGUAGUGGAACAGUUAAAGGCCGUGGCAAAAGGUGAUAUCAAACCACCUGAUACUGCGAAGCGGAGGUCCGGCAAUAUCGUUUUUGCUGCUGUUACGUUAUCCCCGGCAGAUGUAUUGGGCCUUGUCCGGAAGGUUGCAGAGAAGGACACUGAUGUCGACAAUUUUCUCAACGGCCUAAAAUUAGAGGAUAGCCUGAAGAACAAGGUGCAUGUCACCCUCGCCCACAAAAGGGCCCAAUACAAAAUAUGCAAAGCUUUAGGCUUUUCGGUGACUCCGGAUGAAAACGUUCGGUGGCUCCGAGUUGUGUGACCUAAGCACUUUACACUUUGGUAUCACCGACUGAAACUAUUUGGAAAUUCUGAACAAGUUGCACUAGGACAAAGGGCCAACUCGGUGAGACCAAGGUUUUAGGUUUUUAGGCAACGACGAUGUCAUGGAUGAAUCGGUGACUCCGGGUGUGAAUGGUUCGGUGAGUCCGACUAGUAUUUAGGGUUU